GGAAGGGAAGGAAAAGAGUUAAUAGACUUCCAUCUGGUGGAGAACGCCGUAGGAGGACACAGAACAAAAAGCGGCCUAGGCAAAAUUUUGGUUUCAAUUGGCUGUUAUUUGGAAAUGGUUCAAGCCCUUCAGAGCAGAACACGGCCUAACCACAACUUGUUACUCUGUAAUUUGUAUUUUUUUUGGAAAACUCUGGAAAACUAUUUUAUCAUCUUUGUAAAACUGCAUUGUGUUUCGAGUGUGACAUUAUUAUUAUGUAGAUGGAAACUUGAUUCGUUAUGACAUUUACUAUUAUGAUUACUCUAGUCUGACUAAUAAUUCAAUUAAACAUGUUUUUUUCAAAACUUUCUCAAAAAUUAUGAAAACUCUUACUAUCUCCAUAAUAAACCUUAUAGUUUCACUCACACUUUGUGAAUGAAGAACAUGUCACAAAAGAGAUUAUCAGGUAAUGUUUGUUUCCCAAAUAUUUGUGCAGUGAACAAGAUAAAUAUCAUGUUCAAGUACUAAAAUCGAAAGUAAAACAAGAAAACCAAACUGAAAGCACUGGUAACACUGAAUAAAUUAUAAACCACAGAAAGUACAACUAUGAGCAAAUCUCGUAAAACUAGUAUCUUAUGUAAAACUAAGAACAAAUUUCGGGGAGGGAAAUGAAAUUACAUUGGCGCCAAAACAUAUGAGGGAAAAUAAUUAUUUUAAUUAUUUUAACUAUUUUCAUUUUCUUUCUCUAUUUUCUUCCAUUUCCCCUCUAUGUCACGUCCCAUCUCUCUCUCUCUCCACUCCAUCCCUCUACUUCUCUCCCUCCUCCCCCUUCUUUACCGAGCCAUCUCUCUCUCUCUCUCUCUCUCCACUCCACUCCAUCCCUCAUUCCUCUCUCUCGAUCUCUUUCGGUUUCUCCCAUUUCUCUCUGACAGUAAUAACUGAAGCAUGACUCAUCCCGACGAGGAGUACAGUCACAUGAAGGCCUUGAAGAGACACAACGACAUGCUUGGUUUCGUGGCUGAUGCGCAGUACGGCGUCCCGACCAAGUGCCCGUGUGGUGGAGGUAUCAUUCCCGAGGUAUCUCCGUGUAACAAGUUUCCCAAUGAUUUUGAUACGCAACCUGGAAGGAGGUACUUCACCUGCAAAAACUUUGAGAAUAAUGGUCUCCACUUUCGUACGCCGUGGGUGAUCGCGAUUCAGGACGAGGUUACUAAGUUAGUAGACCGUGUCAAAGAGAUGGCUGAGGAGAUUGAUCGCCUCAAGGCUCAGCUUUACCAACUCCACCGUCCAUGAUCCCAUCUUGUUGCUCUAAGUUGUUGUUGUUCUAAGUUGUUGUUGUUCUAUGUCUUAUGAUGGUACUUUGAUCCAUGUUGCUACUUUCCUUCUCUAUGUGUGUGUCUUAUGACUCUAUGUGUGUGUCUUAUGACUUAAACUAUCUAUCUAAUGUUUAUGUGUUUUGUGGUUUACUUCUC